AUGGACCAUGCCAAGCCAUCCUAUUUGAGGCAGCAAGGGGAACGAAUAGAUUUACCCUGGGACGAUCAGUUUGUGGACGAGAUCAAGGUGGCUUUGAUGGCAUGUCGAGUAAUACCAGGUCUCUGGCUCCCGAAAGACUACCACAUCCAACAAGAAUGGACCAAAAAGAUAGCCAGAGACACAAUAGCGAAUCCCAAACCACUCCACCCCGCUGUCCAAGAUCUGAAGGACUUGAUAGAGGGCGACUCGCGGAUCUAUCUCCUCGCCAAUGGAAUGUACGACGAUAUACCAGCCAACUUCACUGAUCCCAGCGGCCAGCCCGUGGUGCGCAGCUACACGGACAUGCUAAGUAUCAUGAACCAUCUACUCACCAUCGCGCCGUCAUGGAGCGAACACGAGAACCAGGUCGGACUGGUCGGACUACCCAUGCAUGCACUGCUAGACUGGCCAAUGGGGACGUUUCACGGCCAUGGGUUCUUCCUCGACCCUGCAGUCAAUGCCAUCCUGAAACGCGUCUUGGAUGUCUGGAAGGAUUAUCUCCAGUCCCCCGCAUCAGCGGAGGUUCUUAAUAAUUCGACCACAGGAUGGUUCAGUCCAGCAGCUAUUAAACAGCUCACUGCUGUUGCGAACGUGGACGGGUCGUCAUACUCAUUCAAUGAGCUCUUCGUCUGCGAUCCGAGCGAGAAACAUUACAACUUCACAUCCUGGGAUGGGUUCUUCACACGAGCGUUCCGAUCAGAGCGACGCCCAGUCGCCGAGCCUCACAAUGACUCGGUGAUCGCAAACGUAUGUGAAUCACUACCAUUCGCAAUAGCCCACAAUGUCAAACGACGAGAUCGAUUCUGGGUGAAAGGUCAACCAUACUCGGUCGAGGAUAUGCUCGGUAAAGACGAACUAAGUGAGCAUUUCGUCGGUGGAACAAUCUAUCAAGCCUAUCUCAGUUCCCUGAGCUACCACCGAUGGCAUGCCCCCGUCACAGGAACCAUCGUCAAGGUGGCCAAGUUCAAUGGGACUUAUUUCUCCGAGCCAUUGUUUGCUUCCAUGGAGAUAUAUGGGGCCUGGCCGAAAGCGCCGCGGUACUCACAGGGAUACCUGUCGGCUGUGGCGGCGAGGGCAGUUAUUUAUAUUCAGGCGGAUAACCCGGCUAUUGGUCUCAUGGCAGUCGUCGAGGUGGGUAUGUCAGAAGUGUCGAGCUGUGAGGUUACGGUUAAGGAGGGGCAGAGGGUGGUGAAGGGGGAUGAGAUGGGGAUGUUUCAUUUCGGCGGAUCGACACACUGUUUGCUCUUUGGAAAGGGCGUUAAAGUGUCGGGAUUCCCAGAGCCGGGGUCGAGAACGGAUAAUGUGCCAGUGCGAAGUCGGUUGGCGGUUGUUGAGGAGCUGUAA